AUGAAGUUUUUCCAAAGGGUUGCCCUGGCAUCUCUCACACUCAGUACGCUAGCCAAUGCCGGAUUGAUUCAAGGAGGAGCAGGCGCUGGUAACGCCGGCCCCGGCGGUCAAUUCAGAGGAGGCGGCGCUGGUGCUGGACAAGAAGGCCCAGCAGCCGGUCAAGGGGCUCCUGCACAAGUCGGUGCCGGACAACAUGUGGGCGGUGAUGGAGCCGGCGAGGCUGCCUGGACUUCGUCAUCUUCUACAACCACAUCAUCCACCACCAGUACUACAACUACAGCAGCAGCAGCGACAUUUGCCUUCGAUCCUUUUGCUGCGGCAAACGGCUUGACUACAUCUUCAUCUAGCACAACUUCGACUACUUCGACUUCGUCAACAUCUUCCUCUUCAACUACGACCGCUGCCGAAGCCGCUGAGACGGCACUCGGUGGCGGUAUUGAGCACAUAAUUGAAGCUAUCGGAAGCCUUCACAAGCCAGUGGCGCGUGCACACUCAUCAAUCAUCGGUCUGGGAUCUGGGGCUGCUUCUGGGCUCCACCAUGCUGCUUCGGCCUUCACGUCCCUGAUCUCCGAUAUCAACAUGGCGACAUCUCGGGUCCAGGGUGCUGGUCCCCUGAGCGUCGAUGACAUGCUGGCUCUCGAGGAAGCGAUGAAAUCACUUCAGUCAUCAUGUGAUCGCAUGAUUGGGGAUAUGUCGGCCAAAACCAAAAUCGUGGCCCGUAUGGGAGGCUGCAAUGUCGCCUCCGAUGCCCUGGGCCAGAUUCGCCAAGCCACAGGUGGUAUGCUCCGCGCAAUCGCAAGAUCAGCCGAGGCUGGCGGCGUCAACAUGGAAGAUGCCAAGUUCCGGCCCAUCGCCAAGAUGAUUCGCAGGAUAGAGGGCAGCUUCGACAGCGGUGACUCAGCCUUUGGUGGUGGCAACUGUGUUAACGCUCUUGGUGGGCAUCGCGGAGGUAAUAACGAAAAUCGCCCCCAGGAGGCAGCCUGCGACCCUGGUACCACUACUACACGUACGGUAACGAGCGUUUUGAGCCAAACUGUCACCACGACUGCCACAGCCACAGUUGAAGGUGAAUUCACCGAAGCUGGAUUUACCGGCUUCGAAGAGGUCUCCACAGUUACCGCAACAGUCACUGCCUCAACGGCGACAGUCACUCUGACAAGCUCCGUUACGGUCACAAACUCGGUUACAUUUACCAGUUCCGUUACGAACACAGUCACUGAUUAUUCUUAUUCCACCGUCACGGACACUGCCACUGCGACCUAUACAAGCUCCUACACGAACACGGUGACCAACUCUGUCACUUUGACCAGCUCCGUCACAGCAACUUACACGAGCUCUGUGUAUCUGACGAGCUCUGUUACGGAUACAAGCACGGCCACUUACACUAGCUCAGUGACCAACACAGCUACUUAUACUAGCUCGGUCACUUAUACUAGCUCAGUCACAGCCACAUACACAAGCUCAGUCACUUACACUAGCAGCGUUACCGACACGGUAUCUUCGUUCUUUACUAGCACCGUCACGAGUACGGGCGCUUCAACUACAUACACUUCAACAGUAACAGACUAUGUAUACAGCAGUACAUACACUUCAUCGGUAACCAACACGUAUACCAAUUCUUAUACCACGACAGUCACAGUCACAAGCGGUGGUUCGACUUACACCUCGACGGUCACGAACGGCAAUACAUAUAACGCCAAGUCUGUGACUUCCACCGCUAGCGCCACUGUCAACGCCCUCGCUACAUCAACCACCACCAAAACGGGCAGCUCUUCAACGACGACAACAACCUAUGGAGCCCAGGCAUACACCUCAUCGACCAGCACGAGCACGACCACAACCUAUGGUGCCGCAGGAGUUGGCUCGAGCACGACCACAACUACGACAGGAUCUGUCGGUGCCCAAGGAGUUGGCUCAACCAGCUCAACAACUUCGACCACGACUGGGACUGUCGGUGCUCAGGGAGUUGGUUCGACCAGCUCAACAACUUCGACCACGACUGGGACUGUCGGUGCUCAGGGAGUUGGUUCGACCAGCUCAACAACUUCAACCACGACUGGAACCGUCGGUGCUCAGGGAGUCGGAUCGAGCAGUUCUACGACGUCGACGACGACAAGCACCUCAGGAUUCAAUGCCGCCACGGCAGGGGCAGGCUCUUCUAGCUCCACGACUUCAAACGCUUCUUACUCGGCAGCCAACGCGGGAAGCUCCAGCUCGACGGCCAGCACGACUUCAGCGACGACCAUCACGUACACGUCGGGUGGAUCAACCUACACGUCAACCUUUACCAGCUCCCGCAGCCGGACGUCAACCUAUGGCCAAACCACCACGUCGACUACCGCCGCAUCCACGGCAACUGCCAAUGACGUCUUCGCCAACACCAGUGAGGCCUUCAGUGUGAAGCCUAACCAGGUGAUUGCUCUGAUGGGCGCCGUGGUCGUCGGUGCUUUGGCUCUGUUCUAG